AUGGUAGCAGUGAUUAGUGAAAUGUCGAGAUACUUUAAACAAAGUUCAAGUUACAGUUAUCAAAAAAUUAUAUUUGGAAGAAAAUAUGUUAAAAAAACAUAUAAUUUUCCAUCAUCGUCAAGAUCACUUUCUUGUGCUCAAUUAAAAAAAGUUUACGAUAAUGCAAAAGCGACGUGUUCGUCUAAAAAACUUCCCAGGGACGUCAAUCCGAAUGGAGUGUUUGCUUGUAAUGAAUUGGCCUUGAAGGAAAUUUCAGUUUAUGGUUUCGAUUAUGAUUACACGCUUGCUUGUUAUAAACCCUCAUUGGAUUUACUUAUAUUUAACUUGGGUAAAGAAGCAUUAGUCAAUAAAUUUAUGUAUCCGAAAGAUGUUUUGAAUUUAAAAUAUAAUCCAGAUUUUACAAUAAGAGGCUUACAUUAUGAUAUUGAAAAAGGUUUAUUCGUUAAAUUGGAUUCAUUUUUACAAAUUCAAUUGGGUACAGUUUAUAAAGGUUUGAGAAGAGUCCCCGAUGAAGAAGUUAUACAAUUGUAUAAGAAUAAAGUUAUCCCGCUUGCAUUUGUCGAAGCCAAAGAUAAAAUCGGUUCUGGAAGAACAAAAUUAUAUCAAUUGGCUGAUAUAUUUUCAAGACCUGAAAUGAGUUUACUCUGUUGCAUUGUAGAUUAUUUCGAUGCGAAAGGUUUCGAUUAUCAUCCUGAAAUUGUUUUUCGAGAUGUCAGAAGUGCGAUAGGAAGCAUACAUCCGGUCAUGCAUUCAGAAGUUAUGGAAAAUACAAAUAAAUAUUUAGAAGAAAAUACUGAUAUCACUAAAUUGUUAAUUAAAUUAAAAAAUGCAGGGAAAAAAUUAUUUUUAAUAACAAAUAGUCCUUUUCAUUUUGUGAAUAAAGGUUUAAAUGUUAUAUUGGGACAAGGAUGGAAAGAUUUUUUCGAUAUUGUUAUUGUACAAGCGAGAAAACCAAAAUUUUUCACAGAUGAAACGACACCAAUAAGAAUAUUUGAUACAAAAUUAAAAACUCAACUUUGGGACAGGGUGACAAAAUUGGAAAAAGGAGUUAUUUAUUGCGAAGGUACAAUGAAACAGUUAAAGGAAAUAACUGGAUGGGUUGGAAGCGAAGUUUUAUAUUUUGGCGAUCAUCCAUAUUCUGAUUUAGCUGAUGUUACGUUAAAACACGGUUGGCGAACGGGUGCCAUAAUACACGAAUUAACGCACGAAAUACAAACAUUAAACAAACAAUCGUUUAAAAUGGAUAGUAAUUGGCUUCAAGUUCUCACACAAUUGAUUGAAGAAAAUGAAUAUUUAGCAGAAGAUGAAAGUUCUGAAAAAGAAGUUAAACAAUGGAUAGAUGAAAGAAAUUAUUUAUUACAAUCAACGAAAAAUGUAUUCAAUCCACAAUUUGGUUCAGUUUUUAGAACUUAUAAUAAUCCAACGUAUUUUUCAAGACGUUUAUUCAGGUUUGCUGAUAUUUACACAUCGAAUUUGGGUAAUUUAUUAAAUUAUUCACUCAAUCAUACAUUUUUUCCAAGAAGAGGAGCACUACCACAUGAAUAUGCAUCUCUCUUUAUGUAA